GUAGCAUUCUGGGGCUGUUUAUCAUCAGUAAGAUAAGAGAAUGGAGUAAACCUACUUAGUCUCCCAAUUACUAUGGAAAGAACACCAGCUUCCAACAGUUAGCAAAGGUUGAAAAGACCAACUGUUUUAAUGGGUGGAACCAAGCAUCACAAAUCUGCUCAGUGACCAUCAUCCAUCUAGACCCAUUGCACAGGAUAUCCAGCAAAUUUAAGAUCCCUGAACCUUGAGGGGAGAAGUUUGAUGAAGACAUUCAACUUAGGACUAAGUGCUCCGAAGUCCAUGAUUCUUCACAUUGUCUAGUCAUGGGUUUCUAUGUUAAUGCCCAUCGACUGCAAGAAGAAGCUUCUUUGAUAGACAUUGGUCAGACAGAAGACAGCCACAAUAAGCAGUGAUCCAAGAAGCUCUCCCCACCUCCAUGGCCUGUGACACCAAGAGAAAAGAAUGAAAAUAGUGCUAUUCCAAUAAGCCAGAAUGAACCUCAUGGACAUCGCCAAGAUCUUCUCUCUUCUGCAGCCUGAAAAGGAGGAGGAGGACAGUAACACAGAAGAGAAGCAGGCUCUCAAUCAAGCUGUAUAUGACAAUGACUCCUGUACCCUGGAUCGCCUUCUACAACAGGAGCGCUAUAAACGAUUCAUCAACAGCAGGAGUGGAUGGGGAAUACCUGGAACACCCUUGCGUUUGGCAGCUUCUUAUGGCCACUUGAAUUGCGUGAAGGUUCUACUGGAACAUGGUGCUGAUGUUGAUAGCUUGGAUGUCAAAGCACAAACACCGCUUUUCACUGCUGUCAGUCAUGGUCAUCUGGAAUGUGUGCGCAUGCUUCUAGAAGCUGGUGCCUGUCCUAGUGGUAGCAUCUACAACAAUUGCUCUCCUGUUCUCACUGCCUCACGUGAUGGUGCUGUUGCCAUCUUACAGGAGCUCCUAGGGCAUGGUGCAGAGGCCAAUGUCAAAGCUAAGCUUCCAGUCUGGGCAUCAAACAUAGCUUCGUGUUCGGGCCCCCUCUAUUUGGCUGCAGUCUAUGGUCACCUCGACUGCUUCCGCCUGCUUUUGUUCUAUGGGGCAGACCCCAAUUACAACUGCACCGACCAGAGCCUCAUAGGUCGUGUUCCGCAGCCCCGCACACUUCUUGAAAUAUGCCUUCAUCAUAAUUGUGAGCCAGAGUACAUCCAGCUUUUAAUAGAUUUCGGAGCUAACAUCUACCUUCCAUCUCUCCCCUUGGAUCUGACCUCACAAAAUGAUAAAGGCAUCAAAUUGCUGCGACAAGCCAGAGCCACUCCACGGUCACUGCUGUCUCAGGCUCGUCUAGUUAUCCGCAGAUCGCUGAUCCAGGCCAAGCAGCCACAAGCCGUCGACCAGCUAGAUAUCCCCCCUGUGUUGAAGAACUACCUCAAACAUCAGUGAUAAGUUUUCAACCUUCGAAGGAACCCGCAAUACCUCCAAAAACUACCUGCUAAAACAGGUAGCUUGAGGGUAAUAGACCUCAUGACUUUUCUGGUGUAGUAUCCUCCAUAAUAAAGCCCUCAGCAAAGCAUA